CAACACAACACGGUUCAAUGUAUUAACAGAUAGGAAUAAGCUAUAGUUAGGCACGGGGCAUGACAAUUUCUCAAUAGUGUUAUAUCAUCUGCUUGAUAAAGGCAAUUUGUAAAUAACGUUGCAGCAAAGCUCUUUGUUUCUUUCUUAAAGGGAUCAUCUAACAAUGAGUUCUAACGUAAUCCCUGGUGGGAAAUACGUGAAACUGAGUUGCCAGUGUGAGAUUUGCUAUGGAGUACAAUUAACAAAUCUUCUAUAUUGUGAACAAUGCAUGCAGCAUAUGUGUACUUCGUGCGGAUCACUUCAUGACAAUUUCAGGCUUUUAGCUAAUCAUAAAAUAACUAAAUUAACUGCGGUCAAUACAUCGAAUGCUAACAAAGCCUUACCUGACAAGCGGAAUACGGACACUGAGUCUGAAAGUAAACUGUAUGAUUAUGCUGAUAACGAAGCACUCGCUAAACUGAACCUGCAUUUGUCUAGUCAAAAUCCAACAGACUAUAAGGCACAAAGUGGAUACGUUAAUGUACCAGAAGCGGAUGGUUAUAUCCAACCGACCGCUGGGAGGGCGAGGCAGACAGGUAUCAUGGGCAAAAGACCGUUCGACAUGACAAACACAGCGGCCAAGAGACCGGUCGACAAGACAAACGCAGCGGGCAAGAGACCGGUCGACACGGCAAACGCAGCGGGCAAGAGACCGGUCGACAAGAAAGAGGCAGUUGUCGAGGACGACGAUAAAUUACACGAUUAUGACCAGGUGGAUGAGAUGACGAUGGAACCAAUGUUAACCAUUACCGGUGAUCGUUUCGACGUCACUGUCCAGGAUACACUAGUGGCCAAUAAAAGCGGAAUAGUAGGACAUCAAGUGCUGGUCAUCAACGAAGCGGGUAUCACAGUUCUCCAUAAAGUUACCAAGUCGCCUAUCAUGGUGUUCCCGUUACCAUGGUUACGUCGUUUCGGCCAACGAGACGGCAUCUUCUACUUUGAGGUUGGACGGAAAUGUCGCCACGGUGACGGGGUGGUGAAUGUGUCGAGUGCAGACAACACACCGGCAAAGGACAUUUUAAAAUCCCUGACAAUGCACUCCGCAAAUGCCAAAAUAACUCUCCCUAAUGAAUAUGGAAAACUAUGUAACUAAUUUGGUUUUUAUACAAAAAGUUCCCGUAAGGUUUCCAGCUGGAGGGACUAAAGCUUUACGGUUCGUCCGGUAUCAAACUGAAGAUAUUGUGAUGAAACAUGUCACCAAACGACGAUGCGGCGAAUAGACACCACCUUUUAUUUUUAACCAGAGGCUGCUUAUAAGAGGUUAUGCGGACAUGUAAUAACAAAACAACUGAUUGGACAUCUUCUUUAACGGUAAAAAGUCGUGUAAUUGUUAAGCAAUAGAAUCACAAUAACUCGUGCAAUCACUCGAAAAGUACCAAAUAUAUUGUUGAGGAAUUUGAAAUGCACAUGUACACACAUGUUUUCAGCAUAAUUCAAACAUCUGUACGAAGAAGUCAUGACACUUCUAUACAAAGAAGACAUUAACAUUAUUUCAAACAAAGUGUAAUAAGGUAGGAUACGUUCAGUAUCAACUGUUCUUUCAAUAGCACAACUAUAUAUGAAUCAUUAUUAUAAUUUACAGAGAUAAUAUCGUCAAAUCAUAACUACAUUAUAUGAUAAUUUAUACGAAUAUUUAAAAAGUUGAAUCUUUAGUUAUAAUAAUAGAAGUAUAACUAGUACGCUUAUGUAACCAGAGUUGUAGAUGAAUGCAGCAUUUCCUUUCCAGAUUUAUCGAGCGUUUGACUGUCGUAUUUAGAUUAUACGUUCUAUACAGAAUCUAGAUCAGAAAUUACAUUUAUAUAUCGAUGUCAUUAUUGAAUAUGUGAUGUAAUUGAACAAUGAAUUCUAUUUCAUGUA